AUGCUUUCAAACACCAUGCUGCUCCAACAAAUCUUCAUCACCCUUUACGCUGCAGCAGCAGGAAUAGCACUUGCAGCACCAGUACAACCAGAUGCCAUGGGGCGCUUCGAGCCCAGAGACGUGUCCCCUGCACUUGACGGCGGGCCAUCUGUUGGACUGGAAGAUAUGGCAAUUAAUAUACGGAGCGAUUUGUGGAAGCGCCCUGUUCCCGGAAGACCGAGGAGUAUAGGAGGUAGAGACGCAUUACCUGCAUUUGACGCCGGGGCAUCUGGUGAACUGGCAGAUGCAGUGGCUGAGAGACGUAGUGAUUUAUGGAAUCGCCCUGUUCCUGGGAAGAAGCCGCCGAAGCGUGUAGGAGCGUGA